UGCUUUGAUUAGAGGUACUCAUUUAUCCUGGCUCAGCACGGCAUUGAAAUAAAUUACAGGCGCAAUCUCGAAGCGCGGUGACGUCGCGGAGGCAGUCCGGGGUGAGGGGGUAGAGGUCGCGGCGUGGCUCCUCGUUGCUGCCGGCGGUUUGCUCUGGUGUGAUUCUGCCCUGAGAUACAGCUCGGGAGAGUCGGGGGGAAACGUCGAUUUAAAUAAGGAUAAAACGGCAAAAAAACAGCAGCCAUGUCUUACUGUAAACAGCAGGGGAAAGACAAGAUUAUUUUUGUGACCAAAGAGGACCACGAAACACCGAGCAGCGCGGAGCUGGUAGCGGAGGAUCCAAACGACCCCUACGAGGACCAAGGACUCAUCCUGCCCAGCGGAGAAGUGAACUGGAACUGCCCGUGCCUGGGCGGCAUGGCGAGCGGGCCGUGUGGGGAGCAGUUCAAGGCUGCUUUCUCCUGCUUCCACUACAGCGAGGAGGAGGUGAAGGGCUCCGAGUGCAUCGAGCAGUUUCGCACCAUGCAGGACUGCAUGCAGAGAUAUCCUGAGCUGUACCCCCAGGAGGAGGAGGAGGACAAACACAGCAAUGUAGCAGAGGGGGAGGAGCAGCCCACACCCAGCCCCGCCCCUGACACGCCCCCCGCCUCCAGCUAGUGGACCCGCCCCCUGGCAGCGGCUGGAGAGAAUGCCACGGAGAGCGGGCUCCAGAUGGCAGUGCCUGUUGGAGGUCUGGAUUUGACAAGUUCAGGGUGUAUUUAAAUAUGUGCAGGGGAUGGGAAUGGGAAUGAGACUCCUAUUGCACAGCAGUUUCACCCAUUCCAGGUUUUAAUACAUGCCCCAGUGUGUAGGUAACAAGCUCAGGUGUGUCCUAUUCAAUUCAUGGUCAGACCAGUGCUGGAUCAAACUGCUGUGCAGUGCGAGUCUUCUUUCCAUCCCUGCAUCAUCUACUGUUCUAAUUAGUAACUGCUGCUGUUUUAAAUACAGGGUUAAUACAGCAGACUGUGUGUGUGUGUGUGUGUGUGUGUGUGCUGCUGAAACCCAGUCCUGGCCUGUUUGUGGGUUUGGGUUCUGCUGGUCGAGACAAUGCUCACAGACUUACCCUUCAAGAGUCGAAAUUCCUUCUAAAAGCGAUGCCUCAGUUAAUUCCACUCUGCCACCAGCAUGCUCUUAGUAAUGAGAGUUUGUGUGUUAGAAGUAAUAAUAAUUAGUUCGUUUAGGAUACCCCUUUAUCCAAGGCGACUUACAUAGACUGGAGUGUGUGAACUAUGCAUCCACUGCAGAGUCACUUACAACAACAUCUCACCAGAAAGACAGAGCACCAGGAGGUUCAGUCUGGCUGAGCUGGGAUUCGAAGCGGGGACCUCCUAAGCUUUCUUAUAUACACGCAGAGUAUCAAAACACUAAGGAGUGAAUUCUGAGCUAGCACUGUUAGGAAACUAGACCAGAUGAUUGCUAUGCAAAGCAUGGUCCUGUUUAAUGGUAUUGCUCUCACCCCCACCGUGUUGUUUCUGUUGCUCUAGUUUAGUUUUGCAGUUCUUAAGGAGUCUUGCUCUACAGUGAUCAGUACCCACUGUGACUGUUCCCCAGCCCAGACGCACAGAGAGGCUUCCACCUGUAUCUCGAGGAGAUGUGUGACCGUUCAGCAUGCAGGAGCGUUUGCUCCUCUUCUUUGUUUUUGGUGAUUGAAGCUGCUGCUGCUCCCACUAACAUCCUGGAAGUAUGUUUCAGUGUAGUUUGAAAGCAGGUUUGAUCGUGCAGGAGUUAAAAGCCUUUCCUGAUACAAGAGCCUUGAUGUGUAGGGAGUGCAGUCCGCAUCAGGGCAGCCUCUUUCCAAUCCUAGUUUUAGGGCUGUAUAAAUCUUCAGUGUCAUGUUUUUCAUUUUGUUUGUAAUCGAUACUGUGGGGCAGGUUUACUAGGAAAGACAGUUGGAGAAGAGGCUUUUAAUCGUUUCUAGAUCUAAAACGUUUCCAGCUGCCUGGCGUUGAAGCAGAAGUUCAGUAAAUCCAUCCCUCACCAGCCGCCCACUUGCAUCAGAAUCCAGCUCCUCAGUGAAGUGCUCUGGAAUGAGGCGCUUCUCCGUCGCUAACCCUGGGAAGCGUCUUUCAGCCCUGUGCAUUUCUGUGUCUUUUUUUUUUUUUUGGUGUAAAAACGUUGCUGCCUUAUGCAAACCAACAUUGCCCUGAACCCCUUCCCCUGUGACUCUGUCCUGUUAAACCUGGUCGAACAUGGCUUUCUGGAAAGCUCCUUCCUUGCAGACGCACUGCAGAAGAAACUCUAUCUGAAUUACGUGUUGUUGGUGCCCCUCUUCAAUGCCUCUCUCUGCUUUCCUCCGUGGAGCGGUCUGUGCCAUCGUGUGAUUGUCUUUCACAAACUCUUCCCACAGCCUGCAGCUUCGCCUCGGAGCAAUGCAGAGCAGAGCACCCAGUGUAGACUAAUCGAGCUGAACGCUGUGUAAAUUAAAGAUCUUCUUACCUCA